CGAAACGAAAACAAAGCAAGCAAAUCAAAUCGUUUUGAAAACGGCAGUGAAUGAGACGUGUCGCGUUGUCGUCGUGAGCGUGAUACUGUGCGUUCGCUGUUAUUAUACAGCGGCUUGUUUUGUUGUUGCUUAAUAAAAAGGAAUAAUAGUCUUAAAUCUCUAUAAUUUGCCAAUAUUUUUGUGUCUACAAGAUUCCUUUGAAUUGUUGGCUAACUAGCAUGAAUAUUUUCGUAACACAGACUAAACCAACAUAAGUGGUUUGUUUCUAUUAAGUGUGCACGAAAUUUUAUAAUCUGGACGAAGAUAAUUUCAACAGCUGUUUGGGCAUAGUAUGCUUCAUAAUUUGCCUGCUGCAGUCAAGUUCCUGGACGGUUAUGGGGCAGCAAUUGACUAUAAGCCAACCGUUAUAGAGUACAAAGAAAGGCAAAAAAUGCGGGAGCCGGCAUCGGCGAUAUCAUGACGAAAACCUGUGCGAAUUAACAGUCAGACACAUAUAGUAUUGGCAGGUUUCGAAUUAGGCUUCGACAUUCGUUUUUUUUUAAUAAAUCGCUCCAAGGCGUACUAAACAAAUAGUUGUGAAAUAUUGAUAACGUUAAAUUAUCGCAUAUUAUUAUCUCGACUAAAUCCAUAACGACUGUACGCGUUAACCGAUAACAGUUGAUAAGUUGUGCCGAUUUUGAACAGACGUCGUUCAGUGUCGCGCUUUCGCUGUGAAAAGACGUGUCAUAUAGUGUGCUGUUAACGCUCGGUUUAAUGUUUAGGAAUACUCUGACUAUUAGUCGGUGGGGACCAAGCAGAGACGGGCUAAAUUGUGUAGUGCUUUGUUUAAAACUGUGAGUGGUUCCAAAACAUGCGUUCUGAAGAAUUUUGGUGUAGUCUGGCCGCAUUGGGCUGGUUUACCGCUUUCGUUGGAUGCCAUGCUCCGGGAAGCGAGCUGGAGUCCGUCAGGUAUGGCCCGGCCGAGGAUCGAAUCGACACGUUCACAAUUGCAAAUAUCAACUUGACAUACGAGGACGAGCAUGGUGGUGUCUAUACGGAGACAUCAGAGUCCGGCAAGUACGGGGAGGGGUACAUUGGCUCGUCGCGAGGUGUGGCAGUCCACGUCCGUGCCAAAGGCCCUGGCGGGGAGCGUGACCACUCAGGCUGUACGUGGCCACUAUUGUCCGUGGACGCGCCCAACGAUCCCCUCCCGGAGGAGCCCUGGAUCGCUGUUAUCAGAAGGGGCAACUGUAACUUUGAAAUUAAGGUUCAAAAUGCUUGGCGGGCGAACGCAAGCGCCGUAUUGGUGUACAACGACAGAGACACCACACUCCUUGAGAAGAUGAAGCUAUCAUCUGACAACGGACGCAAUAUAAGCGCCGUGUUCACAUACAAAUGGAAGGGAGAAGAGAUCACGCGGCUCAUCGACAAUGGCACACGAGUUAUGAUAGGUAUCACGAAGGGACGCACUUUCGCCAACGUUGGAAACAACAUAAACAAGACGUCGGUUCUGUUCGUGUCGAUCUCGUUCAUCGUGCUGAUGGUGAUAUCAUUAGCGUGGCUGGUCUUCUACUACAUUCAGCGCUUCCGAUACAUACACGCCAAGGACCGGCUCUCUAAACGGCUGUGCUGUGCUGCCAAGAAAGCGCUGUCCAAAAUACCUGUAAAGAGUUUAAAGACUGAUGAUAGAGAAGUACAGGGCGAUGGCGAAUGUUGUGCUAUAUGUAUAGAGCCAUACAAAGUCUCUGAGACGCUUCGAUCUCUUCCUUGUAGACACGACUUCCACAAGAAUUGCAUAGAUCCGUGGUUGCUGGAGCACAGGACGUGUCCCAUGUGCAAGAUGGAUAUACUCAAGCACUAUGGUUUUGUGUACACGGGUAGUCAAGAGAGCAUCUUACAACUGGACGUGGAGGAGGCGAGAAGUCGAGCGCUCAGUCCGGCCCGUAACAGGCAUCCGCUCACCUUGCUAACGAGCGACAACUCAUACGAGGAGGCAACGAGCGAGCGCAGCAGUCGCGCGUCGUCGCCCGACGAGUUGGUGCCGUCGCUGCGCGGUUGCGAGCCCGCCGCCGUUUCCGCUUCCGCUUCCGCUUCCGGCCAUGCCUCGAGACACGCAGACUCGCGGUGUGGACACGCCACUAGAUCUUCAACACCUAGCGGAUCGCGGCCGGAGAGUUCGAGGCAACAGGCGGCCUCGGCUAGCUCGGCGGCUCGCGACUGAGUCGAAACUGACUACCCACCGUCGUGCCAAACUACGCCUAAGUUGUGUGCGGAGACUGACGGAAUGCGGCACUAUGUGAUUGCAAGUGAAGUGCGCGGUCCACACGAGUGAUGUGUUCAUAAAAAUAUAUUAGAAAAAAAAAUACUCAAUAAAGAAUGAACUCUUUGAAAGUGAACUUCCAGUGGAUGUAUUCUUCCAUGCAUGGAUGACACGUGAUAUUUCUAUUUUUAAGGACAAUAUAGUUUUUUUAUCGGUUAGUUACGCUGGUAGAUAGGAAUCCGUGACUCCGCCUAGUCAACGAAGUAGUGUUUGCCUACCAGUAUGGUAAGCUUGCAUGCCAUUUAGUACCACCAUACAAAUUAUACGAACUGUUUGCUAUAUAUAUUUAUAGUUGAAGUAAUGGUAAUCUUUCUGUAGAUUCCUUCACUUCACUAGUGAAUACAAAUUACCAACGGAUAUUACAAAUGUAUUCCUUUUUGUUUUGCAUUAUACACGUGUAUGUGUGUCAUACAAUUGUUGUAAUGUUAAAUAUCUUAUAAAUUCAAUUUGCAAAAUGUUUAAAAGAAAUAUAUGUAAUAUUAUUACAGAUUUGAUCAAUUUAGGUUCUUUUUUGUGUAAAAUAGAAAUGGCAAGAAGAAGAUAGGUGGUAUUUCGUGACUGCUGCUCUAUGCCGCGUAAAGAUCAGCCAGGCGUGCUGGAGAAAUGUUAAUAGUGACCUAAACAUACUGAUAUCACUUAUCGUAACCUUCUUCAAACAAUACUUUAAGUAUAUGGUAAAGACAGUGAGCUCAUUGUCAAAAGGUGUAUAUAAAUAAUUUUACAUAAACACUGCCUUUAGUUCCAAAAAGCGAGCCACUGUACUUAAAUUGGUUCAUGAUCUCAUUUGUAUCUUUUAACGAAAAUAUUGUGUACAUAUUAAUGCUUGUAAAAUACGGUUGUGGUGGCCCUACCUUAUUUUCCUAAGUAUAAGAGGUUCUCUCAUAAAUAUAUUUAGCGGGGCGAGACCAUGCCCACCGCAAAAAUGUCUGGCGCCCAUCCUAGAAUGCGAGCGGAGCUUUUAGCUAUGCUCAAAGACAUGUCUAAGUUUAUAUUUGGGCUAUUUUAAGCCCCCUCCGCCCCUAAAAUAUAGACCUAUUAGGUCGGCUAAUACGCCAAUGCCAUCGCGUGGUAACUGAAAUAGUCGCGCGGAGCGACCAAAGCAAUCGUUACAAUGCUGUGAGAGCUGUGUCGAAUUUCCGUCCAUAAUAAUAUACAAAUUAUAGUUCACUAUACCUGCAUUGCUUUUAAUAUCUUCCAUUCAAUAAAAAUAUAUGGCUAAAAAUCUAGGUACACGAUGGACAAUUUCUUCUAGAACAAAAUUUCCGUUUGUGUUAACUGUAUAAUUACAGAACACGUAUUGUUGCGCGCAAUUUUAGAGGCUUUUCUAUUAAAAAUAAACUAAAUAAAGACAAAUGUUUCACGUCUGCGCAGACCAGUAUACUAUAAAUGUGAACAUUGUAACGAUGCGAGGAAAACUAAUCCUUAUGUUUAUUAGAUAGAAAAUAAUAUUGUCAAUGUAGAUAGGGAAUUAAUAAUGAAAUAUUUUGGAAUUUAUCGCGAUUCACUGUUUCAUUUACUAAUUUGUUCUGUAUUUGUUGUAACCUGAUUAACGUAGAUCGUUAUAAAGAAAUGAACGGCUAGGAUAUAUGUUUUAUUUAAUAAUAUACCUACGUAUACAAUUGCUGGACAUGAUUGUGCACAAUUUAAUAAGAAAAAAUAUAUAAAUUUUACAAAGGGGGCCAUUGCACAGUAUGGUUAGUUAAAGCUUUCACUAAGAUUUUAGUUAUUAAAAAUUUAUCUGUUGGUUUUAUCAAGCUCUUACAUUUAAAUGAUUCAUAACACCGAUCUACUCCGAAGACAAUAUUCAGCUUGUUCGGUGCCUUUGUGAAACACAUGCAAAUAAAAUUGCGAAACAAACGCGGUCAACUACUUGCGUUCUAUUAAUAAUAGUUUUAUAAUCUAGUCUGAAAUUGUGUCGCUUUUAAAUUCAAUUAUAAGAAAUACUUAAUUUUAUUUUUAUUGAAUUGUAUUUAAAAGCGAUUUCAUACAUUCAAACUUUAUUUUUAAGUAACAAAUUAUGUUUAGUGUAAGCGAGCAUUUAAGUUAUUUACAGUACACUACAGUACUUAUAUAGGAAAUCCGUUGGAUUCUAUAAUAACAAGGAGACUGGUAUGUACUUUAUUAACUACAUAUAAAUAAUAUUUACAUUCCCUUCGUGAAAUGUUCUAAUGUACUUGGUGUACAACAAGUGUUGAUGAUAAAAAAUAAAAACCAAUACAGUAUUGAAA